AUGGGUGGGUCACAGCCGCAACCGCUAAGCGCGGCGAAGCGGAGCAUCAUGAAAGUGAACCCCCAGAAGCAUGGCGCCUCUCGGAAACAUAGGGCUGUCCUUUCCUGCACAUCGUGUCGCAAACGCAAAGUCAAAUGUGAUCGUUUGACGCCUUGUACUCAGUGCGUGCGGCUGAAUAUCGGAAAUACCUGUACCUAUCCUCCGGCUCCAAGAACUCCUUCUGUACCCGAAUCCUCGCCCGCCCGCUCUGUUAGGUCUCGCUUAGCGGAGGAUGCGCCUAAUACUGAUUCCACACCGUGCCCCAGUAACACACGCCCCGUUUCUGCAUCGUCAAUGCUGGGCGGGGAGUUGUCAGGUCAUGGCCCGGACCACGGCACCAGUCAUGAGUCGGUGUUUUCGACAACUCAGACAUGUCCGAACAAGGCCAAGCACCCAGAACACUCUAUAUCCACCGACAGUUUUGUCCAAUUUGUUGCCCCUCUCUCAUUUAGGGGAAAGCAGAAGAGAACCAGGUUCUUCGGACGAAGUCACUGGGCCACGACUCUGGGGAUGUUCCCUGACCUCAACUCCCACUUGCAUGCCUACUAUCAAGAUAAACAAAAUCCAACAAACACAGACUUCGCCGAAUACUUGUCCCUCAAGCGGCUGAAGCACGAUAUGAAGGGCCCUGACAGACUACAGCAAUGCGAUCAUCAAAACCAGCACUCCUCGAGAAUGAAAGAACUAUUACCGGACCGUAGUUUUGCGGAAUAUCUAAUGCAGCUGUACUUCUCAACCUUUGAGUAUACCCUUCGAAUAUUGCAUGUUCCGUCCUUCCUCGAUGAAUGGAAUACGUUUUGGAAUCACAUGGAAACCAAGCCUGAUAGGCCAUGCUCAAGUGAUAUUUUCCUUGCAAAGCUUCUCGUGGUGAUGGCAUGUUCUGCGUGCUUUGCCACUAGAGGAAAACUGGCGUCGGUUGGACUCAAUGAGCAAUCAUUUAUGCAGAUGUGCCACGAGUGGAUUGAAGCAGUGACAACUUGGUUAGGGGCAAUGGCAGGCCAUACUCAACUCAACCUCGACUUAAUCCAAAUAAAAUGCCUGUUAGUUCUUGCAAAACAAGGGACAGCCUGGGAGGGAGACCUAGCAAGCCUUGCCGCAGGCUCCCUGAUUAGAGAAGCCAUCUUGAUGGGCUUCCAUCGAGAUCCAUCCAACUUCUCCCAUCUUUCUCCAUACUGGGCCGAAAUGCGGAAACGGCUCUGGCUUACGAUAGUAGAGUUGGAGCUUCAGGCAUCCCUGUAUAAUGGGGCACCGCUUGCGAUAUCCUGGGAUGAGUUUGACUGUCCUCCCCCAUCCAAUAUUGAAGAUGAGGAUCUCACCAUUAACUCUGCACACCUGCCCUCGCCCAAGCCGUCUACUACUGCGACAAGGAUGACUUUUCUUAUUGCACUCUCUCAAACAUUACAGGCCCGAAUGGAGGUUUCCCGAGCCAUAAACCGGGUGCGAUUAACUGUACCCUACGAGGAAGUGAUGAGCAUGAGCGAGAGCCUCUCAAAGGGGCUUGCAGAUGCACCACCUGAGCUUCGCAGCAUCAGUACUGACGGACCCCCUGCUGGACCCGAUGGCAGCUGUCCCGAAUUCCAGCGAUCAUUCUUUCUCUUCCUCAACUAUCGCUGCCUACUGGCCUUGCAUAGGCCAUUUUUCCUCAGGCCCGCAGAAACCCGAGACGAGCCUUUCGUGUUUUCACGCAGAGCCUGUGUGCAGAUUAGUCUCGCGUUACUUGCUCAACUAGAGUAUACCCCAAGGAGCAACCCAAAUGACCAGCUCGUCAACAGCGACACCGCCUGUCCGCACAUCUUACAACUCAAGGGAGGAAUGUUCCGGGACGAUAUCUUCCACGCUGCCAUAACUGUCUGCUAUGAGCUUCGGCUGCAAGCUAAAGAUAAAGUCAUAGACCCGUUCCCGGGCACUAUAUCGGUCUAUAUAGACCAAAGUGCACAUUACCAGCGCAUGGCCCUUUUUGAGAGUGUGGAGAGGGCAAUUAAGUAUUUCGAGCUUAAGGUAUAUAACGAGAAAAGGGCUACUAAGGUGUUUAAUAUCUUGACUAUGCUAUUUACUUCAAUAAAGAGUCAGAUACUCGCCGCCGAGCCGUCCCAUAGCUUGGAUGGGCAAUCCGAUGGGUCUGUAUUGACCAUAGAUGAUGCUUGCCCAGCGGCGUCUCGUCGCUGUCGAGAAUUAUUACUGGCAGAUAAGCCGUUGGUACAUUCAGGGGCUGACCAGGGAGACGUUAAUCUCAACCAAGAUACUAUGGCACUGGACCAUGACGGGACAUUAGUACAGCAGGGCAUGCAGCCAGUACCACCAGGCAAUAACCAAGAUAUUAAUCCUGGAAAUCUGGAUCUUGAGUGGUACUUCUCGCUGGACCCUCUAUCUCCGUACCCGAUUAAUAGCUGGCCGGAGUUGGAUCCGUUGAUGGUAUAA